UUUAUCAGCUUCUCUUUGCUCUCUUUCACAGCCAUCUCCAGAGGAACGGAGAAACUGAUAGAGACUGUAAAACAAUUUGCAGAUUCCCAAUACAAGCUGUUCACAACUAGAUAUGGGCAACAAGUUAUUGACAUUUUAGAGCUCCCAAUUAAAGUAGUGCUCUCUCCUUUCACCCUUGCCUUUGAUAUUGCUGGCUCUGCUCCUCGUGGCUUUGGCAUUCCUGAGUUUAUCUCCAAGCUCUCCUAUACUUCUGUCUUUGCUAUUGCUGCUUUGGGAACCUAUGAUAUUGCUCUAGAGCUGGGAAAGAAGGUGAUAUGUCAAAGUCUACAAAAAUAUCCUCCUCCCCGGCCACGGAACUGGGGUAGGCUGGAUCUUCCCCUAAAUGCUUCUUCAUGGAGUGAAGACGACCUGAAAGAUCCAGCAAAACUGUAUGAAAUGACUGUUCUUCUUAAUGCUCAAAGAGAGAUUGCUGAUAAACUUCUAGAUGCUCAGUGGGAAACCAAAUGGCGCCAAGAGAAGUUAAACGAGACGUUGGAGGAAAAGGUGUGUCCGUACAUUCAGAACAUCGAUAACGGUGUCCUUCCUCAGCCAAUUGUAAUACAGUCACGAAACGGAAAUCUAAAGAAAUCCAGGAGGAGGAAAUUGUUAUUUCUUAAGCUAUGA